CGCUGUAAGGAGCCAACGAAACAGAGCAAAGCCUUGGAGGGGGCGGGUUCUAGGUGGGAAUAGUUGUUUCGAGCUCUUUCCGGUUGAUUCCAGGACGCAGCCGCCCGGUCAGCCGAAGGGAACACGGCGGGCUUCUCCCUCCUGUUAGUCCAGCGAGGCGAGCCGAGGGAAUGGGGGACCCUCGGGGAGCAGGGGCCGAGGGGCCCGUCGCUGGGAAAGGCGACCCGGCAGCUAGUGCGCCUCAGCCAGAGUCGCUGAAAGGAGAACGAGAAAAGUCGAAACAGAGAUCUGUAUUAUUUCUUGGAGGCAAUGAAGUAAAAAGCAGUGCUGUUGUAAAAUAUUCAUCUGCUCCACCACAAGCAGCGUUUGCUCGUCUUCAAGAGAAGACCGAUCUGAAACUUCCUCCUGCAAAUUGGUUACGUGAAAGUGCCAAACUGGGACCAGCAGGUGCUACUAUUCUUGGAAACAGCAAGAAAAGCAAACCAUUUUCAAGCUUUGGUAUGGCGUAUGAUUUUAUCGAUUCAAUAGGAAAUGAUGUGGAUGUUGUAUCUGACUCAGAGAAUAUUAAGAAGCUUCUUAAGAUACCUUACAGCAAAUCACAUGUCAGCAUGGCAGUACAUCGGAUUGGGAGAACCCUUUUAUUGGAUGAUCUGGAUAUUCAGGAACUUUUUAUGAGAUCAUCACAGACUGGAGAUUGGACUUGGUUGAAAGAAUUCUACCAGAGAUUAAUAGAUCAGAAAUGGCAACGAAAGAAAAAAAGCAAGGAACACUGGUAUCAGAAAGCUAUACUUUCCAAAUUUUUGUAUUACAGCAUCAAUGGUGAUGAAGCUGCUCAGCCUGCUCCUACUCCUGAAGAACAACAUCAAGAAGAAAGAACUCAGGAAGAAACUGAUGGAGCAGGACGGGUCUCUUGGCCAGCCCCUUUUGAAAUGCCCUCCUCACUUUCUGAAGAUGCAGCUGCUUCUGACCAGGGAAGUGUGACUUUUGAACCCUCAUAUAUAGUGGGGCAUGUGGCCUCAGCCCCCAAAGAACAAAACCUAACUACUUUGUUCAGUGACGGGGAAAACAGUCAGGGUCUUAAAAAUGAUUUUGUUCGGAACAUCUUGUGGACAUUUGAAGAUAUUCACAUGUUGGUUGGUUCAAAUAUGCCUAUAUUUGGAGGAGGAAGAUACCCUGCUGUGAGCUUGCGUCUCAGGGAUAACAAUAAGCCAAUUAAUGUGCUAACAGGCAUUGAUUAUUGGUUGGACAACUUGAUCUGCAAUGUGCCAGAACUUGUGAUGUGCUUCCAUGUCAAUGGAAUUGUUCAGAAAUAUGAAAUGAUUAAGACAGAGGAUAUUCCCAAUUUGGAAAACUCAAAUUUUUCUACCAAAGUAAUAAAAGAUAUUGCACAAAAUAUUUUGUCUUUUUUGAAAUCCAACUGUACCAAAGAAGGGCAUACAUACUGGCUUUUUAAAGCAAGCGGAAGUGAUAUAGUAAAGCUGUAUGAUCUUACCACUUUGUGUGAAGAAACAGAAGAUAAAUACCAAAACCCUUUCACAAUGCCAGUGGCAAUUCUUCUCUAUAAAGUUGCUUGCAAUAUGAUGUUAAAGAAAAAUCAAAACAGGAAACAUUAUGGUACUAUUAGAACAUUACUCCUUAAUUGUGUGAAGUUAUUAGACAAGGGUAAACAUCCUCAGAUUAUUGCAUCAGCAAACUACAUGCUUUCAGAACUGUUCCAGCUAGAUGAGCCAAAAAAAGAAGAGAGUGGUGGGUUCCCUUUAAAUGGUAACUCUGAUGAGAGCUACAGUGAGGAGGAGGAAGAGGAAAUGCCUGAUAGUGAUGAAAAUGGUUCCUACAGCACCAGUUCAGAUCCUCCUGAUGAUAACAAAGCUGUUGCUGUAAUCAAAUCUGUUGGAGAACUCUCAGUACCUGAAAAGUAUAAAUCUACUCAUCAAGUCCGUCCUAGUUGUGCAUUUCCUGUUUGCCAUGACACUGAAGAACGAUGCAGAUUAGUACUCAGUUAUGUUCUUGAGGGUUUGAAAUCAGUUGACAGUAGCAUCAAGAAAGAGGGUGAUCUUCCUGCAGCAGAUCCUAGUACCCCAAUUCCAUUAAAAUAUGAAGAUGAAUCAACAAAUGUUGGUCCUGAGUGUCUUGAAAAACAGAUGGCUUUGUUCUUACACAAAAUGGGUUCAUUCCAGGAAGUUAAACAUUCUAGUCAGUCAGGAAUGAUCCCUGGAUCCUGGCAAUAUAAAAUGAAGCUUCAACUGAUUUUGAAAUCCUCAAAGGCAUAUUAUGUUCUCUCUGAUGCUGCUGUGGGUCUUCAGAAAUAUGGGAGAGCAUUGCGCUACAUAAAACUAGCUUUACAGUGCCAUGAUGCAUAUUGCUGCCUCUGCACCAACAUGCUUUCAGAAGUACUGCUGUUUCUUUGUCAGAGUUUAACUCUUUGUGGUGACAUCCAACUAAUGCUUGCCCAGAAUGCAAGCAACAGAGCUGCAUAUCUUGAAGAGUAUAACUAUCAAACAAAAGAAGAUCAAGAAAUACUGCAUAGUCUUCAUAGAGAGUCCACCUGCCAAGUAUUUUCUUGGGCUACUGAUCUGUCUACAGAUUUGGAAUACCAGCUUUCAAUUAGCUGCAAAUGCUAUGAGGCAGCUAAUGAAAUCCUGCUCUUCAGUAAUUUAAGAGAGCAGUAUCCCGAGCAAUAUACACAAGUAGUGAAGAGGAUGGGAAACAUUCAGAAUGAAAUUGGAGUGUUUUACAUGAACCAAGCUGCUGCUUUACAGAGUGAAAGAAUCGACCACAAAAUUGCAUCAGCAGCAGAACAGCAGCUUUGGAAGAAAAGCUUUUCGUUUUUUGAAAAGGGAAUUCAAAAUUUUGAAUUGAUUGAUGAUGCAACCAAUGCUGCUCUUCUUCUUUGUAAUAUGGGGAGACUGAUGAGAAUUUGUGCUCAUGCUCAUUGUCCUACUGGGGGAGACCUUAAAAGAGAAUUUUCCCCUGAAGAGGCACUUUAUUAUAAUAAGGCUAUUGACUAUUACCUGAAAGCUUUAAGAUCACUUGGUGAAAGGGAAGUUCAUCCAGCUGUCUGGGAUUCUGUCAACUGGGAACUGUCAACUACCUAUUUUACUAUGGCAACUCUGCUGCAAGAUUAUGCUCCCUUGUCCAGGAAGGCUCAAGAGCAGAUAGAAAAAGAAGUUAGUGAGUCAAUGAUGAAAUCCUUGAAAUACUGUGACGUUAAUACAGUUUCUGCACGGCAACCCCUUUGCCAGUACCGGGCAGCUACAAUACACCACAGGCUGGCUUCCAUGUAUCAUAGCUGUUUGAGAAACCAGGUUGGUGAUGAGCAUCAGCGUAAACAACACAGAGUACUAGUUGACCUUCAUUAUAGUAAAUCUGUGAAGUUUUUUCAACUCCUGAAGGAUGCACCAUGUGAGCUUCUUCGUGUACAAUUGGAAAGAGUAGCAUUUGCAGAAUUUCAGAUGGCAAGUCAAAACAGCAAUGGGGGAAAGCUAAAGACCUUAUCAGGGGCCUUGGAUAUAAUGAGACAGACCCAGUCUGUGUUUCAGCUUAUCAAAAAAGAACUUGUUGCUGAUUGUGAGCAGACCCUUGAGGAUAACAAGAAGAAUGUAGAGAGAAUGACUACUGAAGAUUCCUCAAACAGCCUCAAUAAAGAAGAAGUAUCAAAGCUCCUUGGUAUAUUUGAAUCUAGAUUGUCAUUUCUCCUCCUUCAGUCCAUCAAACUGCUUACAUCAACCAAAAAGAAACUCGGAGGUAACAAUGAAGAAGAAGAAAUUCUUAAGUCCAAUAAGUAUGUUUACUCACUUCUCUUGCGAUCUGUAGCAAAGAAGAACCUGACGCUGCUGGAAAGAAUAGAAGUUGUGCUAAACCUAUUGGAACAGCUGACUCAGGACAAUGAAGGCAGUAAUCUGGGACCUCAGUAACCUAACAGUACCUGAUAGACAUCACAGCAAUUUAAUCAGUGCCUUGCUCAAAAAUGGACUUGUGUUUCUGUUCUAUAGAGAUCCUUGAUUUUAUUUGUAUUAUUACAUAUUUAUAAGAUUGUACAGCUGGAAAAAUAAACCUUAUUGCUAUCUUUUGAAGAAUGAUACAGUUAGUAUAUAUUUUGUUAUUGUAUUUUAAAGUGCUAAAACAGAAAUGUACAGUUCAUUUAUUUGAAACAUAAUAUACUUUGUUGAGUUGUAAAGCAGGGUGGUUUUGCUAAUACUGUAAUCUAUUACAGUGAAAUUUUGCUUAGUUGUUUUUUUAAAAAUUAUUUACAAAACAAUCGUCUUUGUAAGGUACUGCCAGAAGUUUUACUUAAACCAUAAGAUUCCAUUACAUAUGCAAACAUUGUACUGUACUGUAGCAUCGAACAUACUCCUGUGUGAGUGUGCCUUCUCCCACUUCAGUGUGACACUCAUAAUAGACUUUAUCCUAGGAAAGGAUAAAGGAUAAAAUGGAAUUUUUCUGUCUUAAUCACUGUUAUUUUCAGAAAUGUGAAUAAAAGUAAUGUAUAAUUUUUUUAAAAUUGAAAA